AUGCUGCGCUCCUCGAUUGCUCCGGGUCGGCAAUUGCUGUCGAACCCUGUUCGCCAACGGAUCCCUUCACAAUGGCUCUCUAAGGCCGGUGCAAGCAACCGGCUCGCAGGCCAGCGAUUCUUCGCCGAUUCUAAACCUCCUACUACUGGUGGCCCGACACCAGCUUCCCCUUCGUCUGAAUCCAGUGUUCCUCCCGAGACAAUCUUGAAGGCCGCUGAACAAGAAUCCAAGCUCCCCCCUGUGUCUCCAGCUGCUGCUCCCCGCAAGUCCGGUUCUUUCCGUCGAUUCUUGCUUUACCUGAUCCUCACCUCCGGCUUUGCCUACGGUGGCAGUGUCUUCCUGGCUAUGAAGUCCGAUAACUUCCACGAUUUCUUUACCGAGUACAUUCCCUACGGCGAGCAAUGCGUUCUUUACUUCGAAGAGCGCGACUUCCACCGUCGUUUCCCCAAUGCCUUGAGACACCAGAACCGUCUUCCUGUCGCACCGAGAGAGGAGGGAGCGCCUGUCACAAUCCCUAGCAAGAGCGGUCUGUCCUGGAAGGUUGCUGGCGAGGAAAAGGCUGACAGUGAGGCCGCUAAGAAGGCAUCUCACGAUGCCACCACUCAUGACGCCCAAACCAAGCCCGCGACUGCCAAGCCCGAGGACCGCAGCACUGCGGUUAUCAAGGCGAAGGAGGACAAGGCUUCCAAGUCCACUAAGACCGAAACCAAAUCCGAGCCCAAGGAGAAGAAGCCCGUCUCCCUGGAGGAUCCCAGACAGCCAGCUGUUGCUGCGAGCACCAUUGAAUUGCUCCAGUUGCAGGAUGGUGACGACUCUGUUGUCCAGGAACUGGUCAAGACCUUCAACGACAUCGUCACUGUCAUCAGCGCCGAUGAAAAUUCCAGCAAAUACUCCGCUCCCGUUGCCAAGGCCAAGGCUGAGCUAGAGAAGAUUGGGGAGAAGAUAGCUGCUAUCCGCAGUGAUGCUCGCGACACUGCCCAGGAGGAGAUCAACAAGAUCCACGCCACCUUUGAUGAGUCCGCACGGGAGCUGAUGCGUCAGUUCGAGGAAGUGCGCAGCACUGACCUUGCUUCAUUCCGCGAGGAGUUCGAGGCCGAGCGCGAGAAGCUCGCCCUCGCAUACCAGCAGAAGGUCAACACCGAGCUCCGCCACGCCCAGGAGCUCGCUGAGCAGCGUCUUCAGAACGAGCUUGUUGAGCAGGCCAUUGAGCUGAACCGCAAGUAUAUCCACGAGGUUCAAGGUCUGGUUGAGCGCGAGCGUGAGGGCCGUCUGAGCAAGCUUACCGAGCUCACUACCGACAUCAAGGAGCUUGAGAAAUUGACUGCCGGAUGGAGUGACGUUAUCGACACUAACCUCAAGACUCAGCAGCUGCAGGUUGCCCUUGACGCCGUUCGCACCGUUGUCGAGCGCGCCGAGACUCCUCGCCCCUUCGUCCGUGAGCUUGUUGCCGUGAAGGAGCUCGCUGCUGGUGACUCCGUUGUUGAGGCUGCUAUCGCCUCUAUCAACCCCACAGCUUACCAGCGCGGUAUUCCCUCCACUACUCAGAUCAUCGAACGUUUCCGCCGGGUUGCAAGCGAAGUCCGCAAGGCUAGCCUUCUCCCCGAGGAUGCAGGUGUGGCCAGCCACGCUGCCAGUCUUGUUCUGAGCAAGGUCAUGUUCAAGAAGGAUGCUUUGUCUGAGGGCGAUGAUGUUGAGAGCGUUCUGGUUCGCACCGAGAGUUUGUUGCACCAGGGCGAUGUUGAUGCUGCCGCUCGGGAGAUGAACACUCUCCAGGGUUGGGCUAAGAUUCUUAGCAAGGAUUGGCUGAGUGAUGUCCGUAGGGUUCUUGAAGUCAAGCAGGCUCUCGAGGUCAUUGAGGCUGAGGCCCGUCUCCAGUGCUUGCGAGUUGAGUAA